AUGGCGUACAUACCGGUUGAUGAAUUACCUAAUUUAGCGGCAAUGAAUAUAGAAGUGAUUCCAGUACCUAAUUACCAAAAUCCAUAUCUGUACGAUCCAUGGUACUAUCAACGCAUGAUGAUGGGUAGCUGGUCUUCGUAUCCUCGGACAACUGGAUCUGUUCAUUUUGGAGGACAAGUGGAGGGGAGAGGAGGAGUCAGCAUCAGAGGGGACUUUGGAAACGAUGGAUACAAUAAAGUGACUUCCUACUCCGCACCAUCUACUCCAGUUGUUGUCACACCCGAACCAACUUUGUCAGACUCAGAUUGGCCAAUCGACUCAAUACUGCCAAACAUAAACUUGCCAAAAGUAUCAUCGUUGCCAGAAAUCGCCUAUCCAUCUUUAAAAAGCGACAAAAGCGACUUGCCAUUCCCAGUGCCCAAAAUCAGCAUGCCAGACAACUCUUUGCCAAUUAUAAUGGCAUUGUCGAAACUGACGGAGGAGAGUUUUAUUGAAAUUCGUAAUUUAGGUUAUUGUAAUGAUGAUGACGAUGGAAAUGAUGAAGAUUAUGAACCUGGUCCUGUGUUCGCAUCGGCACAAGUAUUCCAACCUGGCUUACUAAACCAACUGAGAAAUACAUUUAAUAUUGGCCCAUAUUCACCAAACACCCUUGCCAAUAACCAAUUUCAAAAUCUACCAAUGGCAACCAAACCUUUGACCAAUGGGCCAACUUACCACCCAAAUCUAUUGAACAAUAAUUUUGCCAAUACAAAUACCAUUGCCAAUACGUUGGCUAACAUUGCAGAAACCAAUUUAGUAAAUUCUAUCACUAGCACUAUAAUGCCAAACGAAAUUACAGGAGGUAAUCUGUUUGGAAACUUUGCCAGUCCUAUUGGCAAUGUGCCAAAUGGCGUACAAUCGAACAGAGUGAACUAUAACUUUGGAGACAGUCGUCUCCCAGUCACUGUAUCUGGCAAAUCAUUCAACAACCAACCUAUUGGGUUACAAAUUAUGGCAGAUAAUUUACAAGUGAAUGGCAAAGUGGCAGUGUCUGGCAGAAUGCCACUUUAUGGCACGGUGACCAUUAAUGGCAAUGUGCCAUCGGAUGGCAAAUCUUCUGUCAAUUAUGGCUGUGGAAAUCCAACAGCUAUUUAG